ACGUGGUCUUGUUCAGUAUUGAUUUUUACCUAAAUCCUUCGUAUAGCGUACAUUUAUUAAUACAUGUAGGCUACAUGUUGGCCUAUUUGGGUUACGAUGUAAUCCAUACUGUUUAUUGGGCGUUGCUCAAUAUAUUUGUACAUUAUAUUAAAUUUCUACCUUGUAAUUGAGUUUAUGACGCUGUCGUAAACUUUUUAUCGUGUAGAUAAUUUGUACAGUUUUUGUUACGGUGUCGUAACAGUUUCUAGAUAUUAUCACAAAAUCUUCUACGUAGUAAGCAGAAAAUUGACAGUUCCUGCACAUAUUUUGUGUACGUAGUAUACAAUUUAUACAUGCCGUGCGUAAAUUGAUGACGUAGUGCACAAAUUUACCACAUUUUUUACACAGUAUUGUAAGAUGGCAGAUGCUAUGUUGCAGCAGCAAUCUGUGCAAAAAGAUGCGUCUACGGACGCUACUACAGUUAGUAGACAGCAAGAAGGCUCCUCAAAGGGUGCAGGUACUGUUAGAGCUUCUGAGUCGGGUAAGCCUAGAGGGAAACAACCCGCUAAUCCGUCAAAAACUCCUCUUGUAAAGUUGACCACAGCGACUAAUUCAGAUGCAUUUAAUGCUGAGGCACUGUCCAUUUUAAGACAAAUGAAUGCUAACAUUAAUAAAACAAAUAAGACAGUGGAAGAAUUAACCGGUAGAGUUGAUGCCUUGUAUAAUGAUUUUGAUGGAGGUGACUAUGACUUGUCACAGGGUAAUGGAAUUGAUGACUAUGACGUUCAAGAUUGGGAGCAAGAUGACCAGUAUGCUCCUGAUGAUCAGAGGUCUUUGUCUGGAGAUGAUGAUGACGUUUUCAGUCGAUUUGCAAAGAAAUUUCAGAAGUCGGACUCUGUUGCUCCUGAGGUGUCUGAAAAAUUAGCUACUGUUGUCAACAGUACAUUUAGAGAGGGCAUGUCGGAUGAACAUUUUUGUAAUGUGUCUAAGAACAUUUUAAGCCCAAGUAACUGUGAAGCCCUUAAAGAAACAAGAGUUAAUUCAAGUGUUUGGUCAGUUCUGAAGCCAACCACACAGACAGAGGACUCUAAGAUGCGAGGUAUUCAGAAUAGUAUCGUAAAAGCAGCCUGUAACAUUGUGAAAAUUAUGGAUAAAGGCAGUCAAAUGUUCGAUGAUGAGAUGUUAGUUUGGGGUACUGAUGCAAUUGGUCUUCUAGGACAUGCAAAUCGAUGGAUUAAUAUCUGUAGAAGAGACUUGCCUAAGAGGGAUAUGGAUCCGAAACUACACCACCUUUGUUCACCCAUGGUUCCUUUCACAGACCAACUUUAUGGUGACUCUAUGAUCAAAGAUAUCAAAGAUAUCCAGGAGCUCAAUAAGAUCAGCAGAAAUGUGGUUAGAGGUGGCGGUAGUGGACGCUUUAGAGGUCGUCAGUUUAGAGGCCGUAGGUUUCAACCUUACAGCAGACGAGCACCUUCUGGGCGUAUGAGAUCUGGUACUGGUAGAUCCCGACAAGGGAUGAGAGAUCAGAAGAAGUCUACCACUUUCCAGGCAGCCUAAUUCCUCGUGUGUUGAUGGAGCUGAGAGAGGAUGCAGGCGAGUGUAUUCUUGUAGCUCCUUUGUGGACGACCCAGAGCUGGUUUCCGGCUGUAAUGGAAAUGUUGAUUUCCAGUCCUUACAUUCUUCCGAAGGAACGGAAUUUACUGACGUUACCAGGAACGGUGAAGGUACAUCCUUUGUACAAAAAACUCAUACUGAUGGUUUGUCGCUUAUCAGGAAAACCCUCCAAAAACGAAACAUUUCAGUCAGGUCUACAACAUUAUUAUGGCCUCAUGGAGGUCAGGAACUCAGAAACAAUAUAACAUGCACUUACGAAAGUGGUUUCAGUACUGUAAUCAAGAACAAAUUAAUAGUUUUCAAGCAACUAUAGGUAAUGUUACUUAUUAUUUGACACAUUUAUUUGAACUUGGAUUAACAUACAGUGCUUUGAAUACAGCACGAUCAGCUUUGUCUGCUAUAGGGAUUAUAAUAGAUGGGUUUACAAUUGGAGCUCACCCUCUUGUCAUUAGAUUUUUGAAGGGUGUAUAUAAUUUAAAACCGCCGAAAUCCAGAUACUGUGAUACUUGGAAUGUCUCAGAUGUGUUAAAAUACUUAAAGAUGUUAACUCCUGUCACUGAAAUCAGUUGGAAGUUAUUAACUCUCAAACUAGCAAUGUUAAUAGCAUUAACUACAGCUUCACGUUCCCAAAAUUUACAUUUACUGUCUGUUAGAAACAUGAGGAAGGAAUCCUGUAAAUAUGUUAUGUUUUAUAGUGGUCUGUUAAAGCAUAGUAGAAGGGGUAAGGUUACCCCACAUAUUGAACUUCAUGCAUACACAUUAGACAAUAGAUUAUGUGUGUACAAUACUUUGACUGAGUAUCUAAGUAGAACAAAAGGCCUACGAGGUAAUCAGGAAUGUUUAUUUAUAAGUUACAUUAAACCUUUUGGGCCUGUGUCAAGCAACACAAUAAGCCGCUGGAUUCGCACAGUGAUGUUCAGUUCCGGUAUUGAUUGUAGUAAAUAUAAGGCACAUAGUGUUCGUUCAGCCUCCACUUCCAAAGCAAAUGUUAACAAUGUGCCAAUUAGUGACAUUCUUAAAGUUGCAGGCUGGACAAAUGCAGUAACUUUUGCUCAGUUUUAUAAUAAGACUGUAAAGGAUGCUGGUGCAGAAUUUAGUUCUGCAAUACUGUCUACUACCGAGACUUAGUAAUAUAUUUUACUGUGUCGAACAUACAUAAUAUACUGUUAAGAUGUACAGGACAUUUGUAUGCUGUAAUGCGUCAUGAGUACCAUAAUGAUGCGUGUGAAUAAAAUGACUGUGCUUUCUA